AUGUUUCCUACUAACAUGUGCUUUGGGAUUAUUAUGCUCUUCCAGACUGGACUUGGUGUUCCAACAAACAUCUUUCUUCUUUGUUUUUUUUCUUUGAAUUUCUUUAGUGGCCAUAGGAAAAAACCUGUCAAUUUGAUUUUCAUCCAAAUGAACUUUGUGAACCUCAUGAUGUUCUUUUCCAAAGUAUUCUUAGACAUACCGAUAUAUUUGGGAAUGAGGAAUUUCUUGAAUGAUGUUGACUGUAAACUUGUCACUUAUAUUCAUAGACUGUGCAUAGCACUCUCAGUUUGCUUUACUUGCUACCUUUGCACCUUUCAGGCUGUCAUCAUUAGUUCUAGUAUCUCCAGACUGGGAAAAUUCAAAGCUUGGUUCCUAGAUCAUAUCAUUUACUUUUGUCUUUUCUUCUGGAUCCUCAAUCUUCUUUUAGAAAUUCCUGUGCUGUUUUCUGUGACGGGCCCAAGAUACAUGAACAAUACUCCUGAUGAGCUUAAUUUUGGAAAUUGUUCUCUUGAAACUCAUAAUAAUGUUUACUGGGGUAUAAUUACUAUUAGAAAUGUAAUCUGUGUAGUAGUUAUAGUCUUGGUCAGUUGCUACAUUGUAUACUUGCUAUACAGACAUCAUCAGAAAGUACAGGCAAUUCAUAGCAGCAGUGUCUCAGCCAGGACCUUCCCUGAGGUCAGAGCAACUCGAACCAUCUUGCUGCUAGUGAGUACCUUUGUCUUCUUUUACUCAUUCAUUUCUAUCUGUACAAUUUGUAUCAACUAUUUUUAUCAACACCGCUUCUGGUUGUUGCCUAUGGCUACCAUUCUUUGUCUAUGUUUCCCAACUCUUAGUCCCUUUAUAUUGAUCCCCUGGGGAUCCAGGAAAUCCUUUGGUUUAUUGACAGGGAUUCAUUCCAAACUAUCUGCUAUUCAGCUGCCAAAGUGA